AUGAGCUCUACUGAGAACACCGAGCCCAAGGUCGAGGAGACCACCCCCGCGGCGGCCCCCGCUGAGGCUACCACCGCCACUGAGGAGGCCAAGCCUUCCGUGACCUCUUCUUCUGUCUUCUCCAUGUUUGGAGGUGGCGCGAAGAAGGAGAAGAAGGACGAGGAAGAGGACCGUGGUGACAACUCUGGAAGCGCCAAGGCCCAGCGUGAUGCUGCCGCUGCCGCUGGCGAGGACGAAGCUCCCGAGUCCGAGGAUGUCCACUUCGAGCCUGUCGUCAAGUUGACUGAGAAGGUCGAUGUCAAGACCAACGAGGAAGCCGAGGAGCAAAAGUUCAAGAUGCGUGCCAAGCUCUUCAAGUUUGUGCGCGAGUCAAGCGAGUGGAAGGAGCGCGGCACCGGUGACGUCCGUUUGCUCAAGCACAAGGAGAACGGCAAGACCAGACUCGUGAUGCGCCGCGACAAGACCCUCAAGGUCUGCGCCAACCACUACGUUGUCCCCGAUAUGAAGCUGUCUCCCAACGUCGGCAGUGACCGAUCCUGGGUCUGGAACGCCGCCGCUGAUGUGAGCGAGGGCGAGCCCGAGGCCGUCACGCUUGCUAUCCGCUUCGCCAACUCGGAGAACGCCAACCAGUUCAAGGAUGCUUUCCUCCAGGCCCAGAAGGACAACGAGGCCCUCUUUGGCGCCUCCGAGGCCGAAAGCGCAGCUCCCAAGGAGGCAGAGGAGACCAAAGAGGCCUCUUCGUAA